UGCAGUUCUAAGCAAGUUUGGGCUGAACUCAGUCAGUCCUUCAUUGAUAAAAUGGCUAUGCUACUUCAUAGACGUUUUAAACAAGUUCCAGAGAUCUACCCCAAGCAAAUAUGUUUUAUAGGAGAAAAUCUAGAAGAAGAACUGGAAUAUUUGAAGGUAUUCAAUCUGCCAGUUCUGGAGGUUGAACUAAACAACAACAAGUUUCAUCCUGAAUCUUGUACAAUAUAUGUACUGGAUGAUUUUGAAGACAACCCACUGCUAGACAGUCUAAACAGUGUACCUCAUACCUGGGUUUUGGGAACUACAGCACUUGAAGAGAUGUGUAUGGAUGCUGAGUUGGAGAUUAGAUCGCAACCAACAUUUUGCACAUCAAUGUACGGCCUGUGCUUCUACAUCAAUUGCCCAGGAAAAGUUCCACUUAUGAAAGAGAUAGUAUGCCUGAUUAAGUGGAUGGGUGGAAGGUUUGUGAAGGAACCCAAUGGUCUCACUACCCACAUGGUUACUGACUCCACCUUAGCCAAGGGCUAUGAAUACUGUUUCACUUUUCGGGUCCCAAUAAUGACCCCUGACUGGAUAAAGUACUGCUGGACAAAUAGAUAUGUCGCUGGAUUUAAAGCCUUGCAUCACCAGGAUGGUUACGAGAUUAAACCGUUUGCAGCUUUGUCAAUUAGUCUCAAAGGAUUUACAUCAGGUUUUUUAAAGGUUUUGGAGUGUUCCAUUCAAAACAAUGGAGGAGAAGUAGUACCCUCUUCUGACAUUAAUUGCACACACCUGGUCCUUGAGAGCAAUAGUGCCAAUGACGUACGUUUCGGAGAUAUACCACCUCACAUACCGUUUGUUGUGAGUUCUGAUUGGUUAUAUUCAUGCCUUGAACAAGAGCAGCGUGCGUAUGAAGAAUUCUUCACCUGCUUAUGUGUCAAUACUCUGGAUGAAAUAGAGUUGGAAGAGGGAGAUGAAACCAUUUCAUCAUCCACUUGUGAAGAAUCGGACAAAUCAAAUAGUCUAAAUGAUAUAACGUCCACAUCGAUUGGAAGUUCCUCAAAUGUUGCAGAUUACAAACGACAGGAUACGAAAAGGAAGUUUGCUUUUGAAGAAUUGUGUCAAACUGAACAGAAUUACACUCAGUGCUUGAGGAGUUUACUUGAAAUUAAAUUUCGGGCAUCAAAAGCAUCAAAGUGUCCUAUCCUUGAUCCAGCUGAGGAAAACCUAAUUUUUAGUAAUAUAGGAGACCUUAUAGAGCUUCAUGAAGCAAUAUAUACUGAACUACAGAAAUUAAAAGAUGAUUGGAAAAAUGAAGCGCAGAUAGGAAAUAUCUUCAUAAAGAUGGACAAAUAUUUAAAAAAGCACUAUGUGACUUACACAAACGGUUUUAAAGCAAGGAAGGAGUAUUUGAAACAGUGUGUAACCAAUAAUGCUCGCUUUCGAGAACUCUUGGAAUCCAUGUGUAUGACAAAAGAACGUAGAGAAGAUUUGUAUAUUCGCCCCAUCCAGCGGUUAUGUAGCGUUGAUUUACUUCUUCAAGAAAUAAGAAAAAACACAAGAGAUGACAAUCCAGAUAAGGAAUCGCUCAAUGAGGCACUCCAAGUUAUAAGAAAUGUUUUAAAACUUAUGGACAAUGACAGAGCUCGAUACAAAAAUUAUGAAUAUCUGUUUUGUAUCCAUGACUUCAUUGAAAACUGCCCAGUGGACUUAGUAAACUCAAACAGAGACUUCAUUGUAGAGUUUUCGGCUCAAGAAAUUGUCAACAAAAAGCACACUUUGGGAGCUGAUGUUGAGUUUUUUCUAUUCAGUGAUAUUCUUGAGAUAACCAAACCAAGAUCGACGACUUUUGGUCUCUGGACAGAUGAUGGUUCAGUGAAACGUAAUAAAUCUAAACCGUUCAAACACAUUGCUAUGCUUUCCCUGUCUAUUGUGCUGCAUGUUGUAAGAUUUCAAGAUAGUACAGAUGCAAACAGUUUAUUUGGAUUUCUUGUACGAGAUGUAAACAACGAAAAGAAAACAAAAUUUUACUGUUUUAAAUACACAGAUGAAGAAAACAUAGAUGAGGUUAUUCUGAAAAUCGCUAAGCUGCUGUGUUCACAAAGGGACAGUUCCAAGACACCUGAGGAUUUCAUUUUAGAAUCACCCUCUAAGGGAAGACUCAGUAUUGAUCCCAUUUACCCCCAAAAAGAAAACACUUUAGCAAUGGGAGUAGUAAAAAAAGCUUCUAAUUUUGUGAAUAAUUUGAUAGGAAGAGGCAGCAAACCGAGACAAAAACUCAGAAGAUCUAAAAGCUGCAGUGAUAUUUUUCAUUUCUAGGCAAAUGAACUGUAGUGAUGGCAUGCAUGAUAAACAUAUUAAUGUUAAUAUUUUAAAGUUUAUUUUAUUCAUAAGUGUUGUAAAUUAAAUCUUUUUGCAAGAUCAA